CAGCACGAGGGAUCAUGGGAAGACUUCAGGAGGGACUUCCUGCCAUGGGCACCUUGUCGAUCUGGAGGUGGCGAGAGACAGUGUUGUUCCCCAGCCGGUGCUCCUGAUUCUCUUCUUGGUGGUAAUUCCUGGGGAGGCCCCGGAAGUCCAAGGGGGCAGAGAAGAAGCUGUCCAUGCUCCGCAGCAAGUCAUCCUAGGGCCAGAGGAAGGACCGCUGUUCUUCUGGACUCCAUGACUCCCCAGUAAAUCUCCAGCCCUGCUAGGAUGCCAUUGGGGCCUUGCCCUGUGUACCUCCCAUCUCCUUCUCUCUCUGUCCUCUGACCCUUAGGACCUAACCAGUUCACCUUCUGCCCCAUCCCCCAUUUGUCCUGUCUCUAGUCUUUCCCAUUACCUUCCUAUUCAUGCUCCUGUCCUACAGUCUCUGUGGCCCCAUCCCCUUCUCCUUCUGAGUCUCUCUCUCUCUCUGCCGCUCACUCGCUUCAGUCUUUUGUUUCUGUCCUAUCUCCCUCUCUGCUUGAUUUCCUCCCUCUCUUCCUGUUUCUCGGUCUGCCUGUCGCUCUCUAGUCAUCUCUCUCCCUUUGACUCUCUCUCUUCCUGUCUGCCCUGGCCGCAACCCAUCUUCUAUUCUGUCUCUCCGAACCCCUUCCAUCCCUCAGUCUCCAUCUGCCCCCCUGCCUCUUUUCUUUACUUCUUACUCCCAACCCUCGCCAUUGCUCACUUUGAGGAAAAGCCGGGUGAAGCCUUGGAUUAGGCUCUGGAGGCCUAGAAAAGCCGAGGAGCUCUCCUGGGCGUCAGCAUCGCGGAUCGGGGCUGCAGUGGAGGGGGGCACCAAGGCAGAGGGGAGCAGCAGCAGGAGGACCAGAGGUCGCCACAUUGCGCGGCGGGCAGGGAGGCUGUGGCAGUGGUACGGGUCAGAGGCCCCGCCCCCAACGAGGCCCUGCCCCCUAGCGGUCACCGCCCCCCCUCCAAGACCUUCACCUCUUUCCUAUCCGUGGCUCAAGUAAUUCCCUAUAUCUCCCCUCUCCCCUGUCCUCCCACACUAUCCCCUCCAUUGCAUCGGGCCCACCCCCUCCUCCCGGGCCCGGCUCUUCUGGGCUUACACACGGCUCUCAGUCCCUUCCUUCGCCCACAUUCAUACCCAGAUCUUGUUUCUCACCUCCCACGCCCACCCCUUCUUCUGGGCCCCGCCUUUAGGCUAGACCACAGCCAAGUCACCGGACUCGCAGACUCCGUCCGUCCGUCCACGGACUGUUAAAUCCAAACAGUUCUGGUCUCGAGCCCAGGCGGGACACCUGGAGCGUUGGAUGAGCUCCGCGAGCCUAAGCCUCGCCCCUACAAUCUGACCGCGCCCCCAUCCGCAGACCUCACCCGCGAGCCGGGCCCGCUACUGGAUGGUCACGCCCUUAAGGGCAGAGCCACGCCUCUAUCUGUUAGCCACACCCACCGUCAGACCACGCCCCCGUCGGUUGACCUGGGGCCUGAAGAUCCUGUGCGCCUGUGUUCUCGGAUCUUGGCCCUAGCGCGCACCUUCAAUCUCAGAUGGCCACGCCCCUUGACUUAGAGCCGUGCCUCCACACCUGGGCCAUUGGUCUGUGCCCCAGAUCUUGCCGCCAGCCCUCUCAGUUCCUUUCUCAGGCUCCCAAAUGUUGUGAAAAGCCCGAGACCGAACAGUCUGGUUCACCACUCCUUAGUUUUGAAUUUACUCUGGGAGUUUCUCCGUGUCCUUUCUCGUCUUCUCUAAGAUUUGUAACGAUUCCUGCAGUCCACAGAGCGCAGUAAGGGACCUUGAACUGGAGUCCUCUUCUGUCCCACUGAAGAGCCCCGACCUCUCUGGAAACCUAGCCCCCGUCCUAUGUUCCACCUUCCGAAGAGCCCAGAAUUCAGGCUUCCUUCGCCUUAGGGCCCCAGAGUCCGGACCCCAGGCCCCUCUAGUUCCCGGAGUAUGAACAUCCAACACCUCAUCUUUAAGGGACCCAGGAGGUCGAGCCCUAGCUCCUCUCCGCUCAGGCACCGAGGCUCUCUCGGUCUUGGUCCACCAGUGCGUGUGGGGCAAGAAUCUGCACCUCCAGUAAACUCCCAGUACUCUUGCUCACCUCUUAACUCUGGGGAAGUCACAAGGAAACCCGGGUGAUAUAGAAAUCCAUCAAAAAUCCAUCCUCACGUACCGCAAUCCUCAAGAAUAUACUUAAAGCUGAACAGAAAAAAAUUCUUUCGUGUUCUUAUCAAUCCCACGUCCCCAACACACAAACACACUGGAGGGUGGUAGUCCAAAGUCCAGGUCCUCAGACCCCUCCUCCCUCAUACCCAGGUUUCUUGGCCCCCAUCAACCUCCUCCCCGGGACCUAGGAGUCCUGAUCUCCCAUCCCUCACCUCUCCCAGUGAUGCAAGGAUCUGAAUCCUGAAGUUCCUACCGGGCCCAAGCUAGACUUCACCUCUCCUUUGCCAAAGGAAAAAUCCUCCUCCAAACUGUCACCAUCGGAUCCCUCUUCCCCGUGUCCGGCGCCCGGGCCCGCCCCCCCUCCGGUCCCUCCCACUUUUCCCAAACAAAGCUCCCGGGCAACUUUCUCCCUCGCAGCGCCCCGCCCGCCCGCGGCUCCCCAGCCCCAGGCCGGGAGGUAGGAAGGCUCCGGCGGGAGUCGGGGAUCCAGCUUUGGGGCCCAGAUGGGGGAACCCCGGGCUGGGGCCCUCCUGGACGAUGGCAGUGGCUGGACAGGAAGUGAGGAAGGAAGUGAGGAGGGCACCGGCGGCAGCGAGGGGGCUGGGGGAGAUGGGGGCCCGGAUGCAGAAGGCGUGUGGAGUCCAGACAUCGAGCAGAGUUUCCAGGAGGCCCUGGCGAUCUACCCACCGUGUGGCCGGCGGAAAAUCAUCCUGUCCGAUGAAGGCAAGAUGUAUGGUCGCAAUGAACUGAUUGCCCGCUACAUCAAGCUGAGAACAGGGAAGACCCGAACCCGCAAACAGGUCUCUAGCCACAUCCAGGUUCUGGCUCGAAGGAAAUCCAGGGAAAUCCAGUCCAAGCUCAAGGCCUUGAAUGUGGACCAGGUUUCCAAGGACAAGGCUUUCCAGACAAUGGCCACCAUGUCCUCAGCCCAGCUCAUCUCAGCACCUUCCCUGCAGGCCAAACUGGGUCCUGCUGGUCCUCAGGCCUCUGAGCUUUUCCAGUUUUGGUCAGGGGGCUCUGGGUCCCCCUGGAAUGUUCCAGAUGUGAAGCCAUUCUCACAGACCCCGUUCUCCUUGUCGCUGACCCCCCCAUCUACUGACCUCCCAGGGUACGAGCCUCCCCAAGCCCUCUCACCCCCUGCCCUGCCCCCACCUGCCCCGUCACCCCCAGCCUGGCAGGCUCGGGCCCUGGGCACUGCCCGAUUGCAGCUGGUGGAGUUCUCAGCCUUUGUGGAACCUCCAGAUGCAGUUGACUCUUACCAGAGGCACCUGUUCGUACACAUCAGCCAGCACUGCCCCAGCCCCGGAGCGCCCCCCCUCGAGAGUGUGGAUGUCCGGCAGAUCUAUGACAAAUUCCCUGAGAAAAAGGGCGGCCUGCGGGAGCUCUACGACCGAGGGCCCCCUCAUGCCUUCUUCCUGGUCAAGUUCUGGGCGGACCUGAACUGGGGCCCCAGUGGAGAAGAGGUAGGGGCCGGCGGCAGCAGUGGUGGUUUCUAUGGAGUGAGCAGCCAGUACGAGAGCCUGGAGCACAUGACCCUCACCUGUUCCUCCAAGGUCUGCUCCUUUGGCAAGCAGGUGGUGGAGAAGGUGGAGACGGAGCGUGCCCAGCUGGAGGACGGGAGAUUUGUGUACCGCCUGCUGCGCUCACCCAUGUGUGAGUACCUGGUGAAUUUCUUGCACAAACUUCGGCAGCUGCCCGAGCGCUAUAUGAUGAACAGUGUCCUGGAGAACUUCACCAUCCUCCAGGUGGUAACAAACCGAGACACCCAGGAACUGCUGCUCUGCACCGCCUAUGUCUUUGAGGUCUCCACCAGUGAGCGGGGGGCCCAGCACCACAUUUACCGUCUGGUCAGGGACUGAAAGGGGGCCCCAAAAGUGGCUCAUGCCCGGAAUACCCUCCUCCCAGGAAGGACCUCCAGCUUUCUUCAUGCUUAUUUGGGGAGGGGGUGCUGAUCCCUGUUAGAGGGGACCUUAAAAGGCUGGGUGGCGAGCUGGAAGGUUGGAUCCUGAUACUGGGGCUUCACAGUGGUGUCUGAAGUCCCAGUGGAGUGGAGAUCACUCCAGAACAUCAGGGACUGGGGACAGGAGUGAGACCACCCUGAGGUGUAGCAUUGGUGUGUCAGUCUGUAACAGGCACCCUCCCCCAACUUGGUUCUGGAUGUUUUUUUCCGGGGGGGGCUUUGAUAUGUUGGUUUGUCCCUCUGUCUUUCAGCACACCCCCACCUCCCUUUCCCAAUCUGCCUCUCCUUACCACCCUCACCUGUGACCUUGAGAGCAUCUAUUGAAGGUUAACCCUUUCUGUACCGGAGCAGAGCCAAUGGGCCCUGGAAAUAUUUUUUUUUAAUAUAACAAGAGAUAUUUAUAAGUGGGUGUUAGGGUUGUGACUUUUUCUCAGCUGGGCAAGCAGUGGGAUGAGACUUUUAAAUCUCAUCCUCUCUUUUAAAUAAGACGUGGGCUAUGCUGUGUUGCCUCCCCUCACCCACAAAGUAUGUUGGUUUGUGUUUUGACAGAGGAUAAAACUAUUUUACCAAAACGCA